UGCGGUCUAAAUUACGCGGAAACCCUGGGCGGCGAGUGGUAAGUCUUAGGGGAGGGAGUCGGGUCACCGGCUCCGCCUGCUAUUAAUACGUCUCCUCCCUCUCUCCUUCUUUUCCAAUCUCCCCAAAAAAGAAAGCUUUACUUUUCGCCGCCUUGCAAGAUGCAGAUCUUUGUUAAGACGCUCACUGGAAAAACCAUCACCCUCGAGGUCGAAAGCUCCGACACCAUCGACAACGUCAAAGCUAAGAUCCAGGACAAAGAGGGCAUCCCUCCCGACCAGCAAAGGCUCAUCUUCGCGGGCAAGCAGCUCGAGGAUGGCCGUACGCUUGCGGACUACAACAUCCAGAAAGAGUCGACUCUCCACCUCGUCCUCCGUCUCCGCGGUGGCAUGCAGAUCUUCGUGAAGACCCUCACGGGGAAGACCAUAACCUUGGAGGUGGAGAGCUCGGACACCAUAGACAACGUGAAAGCUAAGAUCCAAGACAAGGAGGGGAUCCCCCCGGACCAGCAAAGGCUCAUCUUCGCUGGCAAGCAGCUCGAGGACGGCCGUACGCUUGCGGACUACAACAUCCAGAAAGAGUCGACUCUCCACCUCGUCCUCCGUCUCCGCGGUGGCAUGCAGAUCUUCGUGAAGACCCUCACGGGGAAGACCAUAACCUUGGAGGUGGAGAGCUCGGACACCAUAGACAACGUGAAAGCAAAGAUUCAAGACAAGGAGGGGAUCCCGCCGGACCAGCAAAGGCUAAUCUUCGCCGGGAAACAGCUGGAGGACGGCCGUACGCUUGCGGACUACAACAUACAGAAGGAAUCGACUCUCCACCUAGUGCUCCGCCUCCGUGGCGGGCAGUGAACUCUGCCUGAUGCCGUCGUUUGUUGCCUUCCCGUGUCGUGGUGUUCGUGAAUUGUGUGUCCAUGCUGUUAGUGCCUUCAUCAUCUAGUGGGUCUAUCCGUUGUGCUAUGUCUCAUCCAGCGUGUGAUGGGAAUGUGGAUGGGAUUCUCAACACGUAUGUCUACUUGGUAAUAAGUAAGGUUUCUCUGAGAGAGGGCAAUGUUGGUCGUAUUGGUUUUA